AUGGGAUUUGUUAACAGGCCAAGGUCUGGGCUGGGUUUAGGGUAUUACACGGUUACCCCUCCACCUCCUCCAACAACUGAAUCUAGUAAACGUACUCCGUUGGAAAAGCUCAGAAAACUAGGAGCUGAAGAAUUCCGGGGAAGAUCAGAUGAUGGCCUUGUCAAAGCUGAAUAUUGGUUGCAAAGUAUAGUGAGAGUUUUUAAGCAAAUGGUAUGCUCACCAGAUGAGAAUUUAAUAUGUGCUAUGUCGCUACUGAAAGAAGAAGCAUACAAUUGGUGGGAAACAAUCGAGGCAGUGGUGUCGGUAGAGAAAAUCACGUGGGAAUUCUUUCAGAAUGAGUUCAAAAAGAAAUAUGUGGGCAAACGGUAUCUGGAUAAGAAAAAGAGAGAAUUUUUGGAUCUACGAAAAGGAAGUAAAUUGGUAGCUGAAUAUGAAAGAAAAUUUGUUUAUCUUAGCAAAUGUGCACGAGAUAUUGCACCCAGUGAGGAGGAAAUGUGUAUCAGAUUUGAAGAAGGGCUUAAUUAUGAGAUCAGAAUGAUGAUAGGGGGCACUGAGAUACUGGAAUUCAUUGUUCUAUCAGAUCGUGCUCAGAAGCUUGAAGAAAAAUCUAAAGAGGAACUUAGUCGAGCCACUUCAGCACCGGAAAGAUCAGGAAAGAGUAGACCAAGACAAUCUGAUUACAAAGCAUCUGAUAGACCUGCUGUUAGCGUAGCCUUUUCUGCUCAGAGAUUGUUACAUAAAGGAAACGAGGCAUUCUUGGCCUAUAUUCUUGAUACUCGGGGUUCCAAUUCAAAGUUAGAACAGAUAUCAGUAGUCAAUGAGUUCCCCGAUGUGUUUCCUGAGGAGUUACCAAGUUACCACCUGAUAGAGAAGUGGAAUUUGUGA